UCCUAAACUAUCAUGUUCCUCUUACUUUCCGUUUCAUCCAAACAAAGAAUAGGGUUUUUAAACGGCGACGUUCCUAUUAUUCUAUUCUCUUCUUCGCUUCAUCGAACCCCACAGAUAACACUCGCAGUAGAGAGAGAGUUCUAAUGGCGGAGAAACCGCAACCGGUUCGGGUUCUGUACUGUGGAGUGUGCGGUUUACCUGCGGAGUACUGUGAGUUCGGACCCGAUUUCGAGAAAUGCAAACCCUGGUUGAUCCAAAACGCACCUGACCUUUACCCUGAUCUUCUCAAAGAGGCAAAUACAAACGACGCCGAUAAAGUCUCAGAUCAACUUCAGUCGACCUCAAUCUCAGACGGAACAGCUCCUUCUGCUGGUUCGUCAACUUCUAAGCAAGAAGAAGUAAAACGCCUUCCUGGUGGGAAAAUUAAAAAGAAAGAGAAGCAAGAAGUUGUUAUUGAGAAAGUAACACGUAACAAGCGAAAAUGUAUCACCACUGUGAAAGGCCUGGAACUUUUUGGUGUUAAACUCAGUGAUGCUUCAAAGAAGCUAGGCAAAAAGUUUGCUACUGGAGCCUCCGUUGUUAAGGGGCCAACUGAGAAGGAGCAGAUUGAUGUUCAAGGAGACAUAUUCUAUGACAUUGUGGAGUUUAUUACAGAUACAUGGCCUGAUGUGCCAGAAACUGCAAUUUACUUCAUCGAGGAUGGAAAAAAGGUGGCAGCGGUAUAACAUUGGAUUUAAAACGUGGUAUUAUCUUCCCUGUUGGUCCAACUCUUUAUGCCAAGCUAACUUUUAUUUGGGGUAAAAGAACUAUAUUAAUCAAGACUCAGGGUGAAUCCAGAUGUCCACUGAGAUAUCUUCUUCUUAUUCCUUCUGGUUUUUCUUUUGAACUCUUGUUAUCUAUCUAAGUAUAUAAUUUUGCAGUUGAAAUGUUUUUACGAAAUUAAGGAUUUGAUUUUUAUAUAGUGAGUAUGAUAAGUGCUGUUUGCUUUGUGCAUUCCUACAUGUUGCCUGGAAAUCAAGCUGUAGCUAGCUGCAGUUUUGUCACCCGCCAAAUCUCUGAAUAAAAGAAAAUUACUGCUGAGAUGUUAAUAUUGUGGUAUAAAUGAGUUUUUCUUGUUACCCCUAGUCGGAGUUUAUGACAGAGACUUAAUUU